UCUCAGUUUAUCCAGAGCCUUAAAACUGAAAAGAUCAUAGGGAAUCGAAACAGAAUGAGGGAAGACAAAAAUGUUUUAUUGGAAGAAUCCAGCAUCAUUGAAAUGGAUCAACCUCUUCAAGAAAGUGACGAAGAACAAUCCGAAAUUGAAGUCGAAAGUGUUAAUGAAGAAGAAGGAAGUCCUUAUAGGUUUUUGCAAAACUGUAAUUUUGUUGGUCUAUGGAUGUGCGUUCUGUAUAACUUUAUUAUGAUUUUGUUUAUUGUGCUUGUAUACGUUUAUAAACGCUGAAAUUGUAAUUUUGAAACUAAUCGAACCUAAGUCCCCUUUAUUGCAGAUAAUAUCUAGCUAAACUGAGCUAACUUUGUUUACAUCAAUGGAAAAUGAAAGCCCUAAAUGUA